UUGGCUUCCAUUUCUCUCCCCGACGAUCGGUCGGUGAGCAGGUGAAUGAUUAACCCUCGUUGGAAGUGGUUGCAGAAGUUAAACUUAUCCGAAAACGAAGCAAAUUUGCAUACAUCCCAAUGUUGCUUUAAGUUCCCAUUUCAUCCAGAUCCAAGAUAUAAUUACUCCAUGAAAACUCCAAGGUAGUUUUGUACUUUAAUUUAAGCAAAAAAAAGGGGGGGAAAUUAGUGAAAGAGAAGACGAUGAAAAUUUAUAUUUUUUCCAUCACGCUUGCUCUGGUUUCGGGUCUGAGGAACGCUACUACUCGUCCGGAGGAAAUAACAGCGGGCGCUAAGACGACAGCUGAACCGGAAUAUGAAAUCUAUCCACGCCAAGGUCCUGAAAAGAAUGACGUGGAACAAUCUGAUGGUUCCCACGACUGCGGACGUAACCCUUGUAGAAAUGGGGGCACGUGUUUCCGGGAAUGUGACCAGUGUUCUCAGCGCUGCGUCUGUCCUGCUGAAUUCACGGGGACACAGUGUGAAGUUGCGAAAUGCUUUGAUGAGACUCUGUAUGAACACUUUGAGAUUGGAGACAGUUGGGCCAGAGUCUACCAAGGCUCAAUACAAGCGUGCACCUGUGUUAACGGCACAACCGAUUGCCAUCCGGAAAUGUAUACAGGUAUUGCAGUCCGACCCUGCCUGCCUCGGGGCAGCCGCUCUUGCAGGAGGACCUUCUUCUCGGACACGACCGUCUGCGUGUGCAGCCACCUCUUCAGCGGGAGACACUGCAACAUGGCUCCGAAUCAAAAUUGUUAUUUGGGUAAUGCGACCAAUUACCUGGGCCUGGCCAAGAAGACCAUUUCUGGAGAUGAUUGUCUCCCGUGGACUUCUGACCUCUUCUCCUAUGACGACCCUCAAACAAACACAGUGCAGCUGGGAUUGGGCUCGCAUUCCUACUGCCGAAGCCCAGAUGAGGACGAGCAGCCGUGGUGUUAUUUCAUUAAGGACGGCAGUCUGUCUUGGGGAUACUGCAAUGUGUCAGCGUGCCAAAGUGGGCGCAGGCAGCCGCCGCCGCCGCCGCCAAACUUUUUUCCAGAAGCCGAUGAGCUUGCCGCGGUCAAGAAGUCGUGUGGGAGGAGGCACAAGAAGCAGAAGUUUGUAAGACCCAGGAUUGUGGGGGGAUCUUCUGCCUUGCCAGGAUCCUACCCCUGGCUGGCCAGCAUCAACGUCGGCAGGAAUUUCUGUGCCGGAAGUCUAAUUCGCUCCUGCUGGCUGGUCACAUCGGCCCACUGUUUUGCUCACAGCCCGCUGACCUCAACCAUCCACGUGGUUUUGGGCCAACAUUUUUUUAACAAAACGACAGACGUCACUCAAGAGUUUAAGAUAGAGAAGUACAUCCUGCAUCCCAACUACUCCGUGUUCAACCCAACCGAAAACGAUAUCGUUUUAAUUAAACUGAAGAAAAUCAAGCAACGCUGCGCGGUGAGAUCCCGAUUUGUUCAACCCAUAUGCCUGCCAGAAGCUUCCAUGUCCUUUCCAGACCAUUACAAAUGCUACGUUGUUGGAUGGGGAUACCUGCACGAAAAUUCCUCCAGAUACUCCAAUGUGGUGCAAGAAGCAUUAAUUCCGAUUAUCCCAGAUUACAAGUGUCAAAACGCGGACGUUUAUGGCGCUGAAAUCAGCGAAAAUAUGUUCUGCGCUGGUUACCUCGACGGCAGAUCAGACGCUUGCCAGGGAGAUUCGGGAGGACCCCUCGCCUGCGAAAAGGACGGAGUCUUCUACCUCUACGGAAUCGUCAGCUGGGGUGACGGCUGCGGCAAAGCCAGGAAGCCGGGAGUUUACACCAAGGUGAUCAAUUACAUCAAUUGGAUCAACCAGGAGAUACAUCGCCCGCCCAAAGGAUAAGGAAUGAUGGCUUCAUAGAGGGACCGAUCCCCUUCGCCUGGUAUCCACGGGACAACUUCCCAAAUCGGUCUUCUUGACAAUACCAAAUGCUCUUUCUACCAAACUUUUCUUUUUCUGGUGCUGGCAGAACUAGGGGGGAAAAAAACGGACUCCAAAAAUCAAGAUGUCCUUCAAGGAACUCAGGAUUUCUCAUUUUGGUGCUUUGGGGUGGACUUGCCAUUCUUCCAUUGGGAUUUCUGCCCCGAUUUCCGAUGAACGGCGUCGGGGAGGGCCGAUGGGUGGCUCCUCUGGUGGGUCAGAAUAACAGAAUUGUUAUUCUCAGAAUUCUCAGGCCGGAAACCGUAGACCAGUGAUGGGGAAGGAUACUGCAAAAUCCCCAUCCUCUCCCCACUCCUGGGGGAAAGGAUAUUGCAAAAUCUCCAUUCCCACCCCACUCUGGGGCCAGCCAGAGAUGGUAUUUGCCGGUUCUCCGAACUACUCAAAAUUUCCGCUACCGGUUCUCCAGAACCUGUCAGAACCUGCUGGAUUUCACCCCUGGCCCUAGACCCUUUCAGACAAAUGGUUGUCCAAUCUCUUCUUAAAAACUUCCAGUAUUGGAGCAUUCGCAACUUCUGGAGGCAAGUCCUUCCACUGAUUAAUUGUUCUAACUGUCAGGAAAUUUCUCCUUACGUCUAGGUUGCUCCUCUCCUUGGUUAGUCAACUUAGGCCAGGAGAGAUUCGUAACCCAACAGAGAAAAUGCCAGGAACAAACUUAUCAAUUUAGGAGCAUUUACUGUAUGUAUAGAUCAAUGAAAAAGUUUUUUGUUUUUUUUAAUUAAAAGGGAUAUAACAAAUAA